AUGGAGUCUCGGGUGCAGUCGGCAAGCCUGCUGGGUGGCAUCUACAGCGGAUCUACCUUGCAGGGUCAUCCCGACGGCACCGGUGCCGUCGAUUGGCCACAGCGACCCAUAUCCGCCUCCAGCUAUCGGGGAACUCUGCAAAAAGGACUGCGUCACGGUCAAGGCAACUUUGAGCUCUUGCCGGGCUGUGAGUACCGGGGCACCUUCCGCCAGGACUUUCGCCAUGGCUACGGCGUUCAACAUAUUGCCGGUCAAUUUCAGCAGUCGGGUCACUUCCAGGAGGGCUUACUCCAAGGCCCUGCAGCUGAAGAGUACGAAAGUCACCUGCCCUCGGACUUUGGGCCUUUGCCUUCCGUUUGUGUUGUGUCCCUCACAGCAUCGAUGCCCGCCCGUGCCUCUUCACACGUUAGACACUUGAAUGGCCGUCAAGUUGAGGGCAAGUUCACGGCCAGCCAGUUGAAUGGCCACGGACAGGUCCGCUAUGAAGAUGGCUCAGAAUACAAAGGCAAAUUUCUCAACGGCAAACGACAUGGCCAAGGUGAAAUGCACUGGCCCGACGGCGAGUGGUACAAAGGUGGCUACGAGAACGACGUGCGCCAUGGCAAGGGCGAAUAUGGCUGGCCCGAUGGUCGGCUUUACCGUGGCAGCUUUCACGAAGGCAAACGUCACGGCCAUGGUCUCUUCACAGCCCCUAGUGGCGCCUCGUUUGAUGGUUACUUUGAGGCGGAUCGCCGGCACGGUCCGGGUGCUCUCACCUACGCCAACGGCGACGUAGACAAGGGCCAAUGGGAUGGGCAAAAGCUCAUUCGCAUCCCAUUUGCGCACGCCAAGCUCCGCGAGCUCGUUGUUAGUGAUCAGCCCUUUGGACCGCUGACUCAGAAAUCUAUCGCCUUACUGCUGGCUGCCGAAGCCGGUGAUGUUGCGAGGGUCAGCGAUCUCAUUGCCGACCCUACCGUGCAUGUCGACGUGUGUGAGACUUGCGGCAUCAAUGCGCUGCUGCUUUCGGCUGCCUCGGGUCACGAGGAUAUAGUCGCGCUUUUGCUGGACAAGGGCGCGCAGAUCAAUCAGUGGGUGCCCGUCCAACGUCAUGAGUGUGACACGGAACGCAUGCAUAGCCUGUAUUCAACUCUCCUGCGGCGUGGUGCCGACACAAACAUUGCCACCCAUCCGGAACCCGUACUACUGACUGCUGUAACACUGGCCGAUGACAAAAUUGCUCUUCUUUUGCUGCGGCACAACACCAAUCCCCAUGUUGUGGCCGCCUCCGAUCCCCAACAACACACACCUUUGCUGCGCGCCGUUAGCCAGCUGCCACAUCUCCGCCGGCAACAACCUCAACUCCUUCGAAUCCUUCGUGGUUUGAUAGAGCAUGGCUCCAAUCUCGAUGCCGCUGACAGUCAGGGCAACACAGCCUGCCAUCUCUGUUGCAACCAAUAUGGUUACGAAGCGUUGGACUUGAUCUUGGAGGCGGGUGCCAACCCUGAUUUGUACAACGAUGCUUCCUUGACGCCGCUGGCCCUCGCCCUGCACUCGGGCCAACCGCGCCUUGUGACGCUUUUGCUGGGUCAUGGUGCCGAUCCCAACAAGGAGGUUGGUGAGCUCAACGACACCUUGCUCAACCUGCUUUUGUGCCUGGAUGACAGCGAUAUCGACGAGCUGACACGUCUCAUCUUGCUUCGGCAACUGCUGGAGGCCGGGGCGGACCCGACACGACCGAUUCCGUUGAACGAGCUUGUGCCUGAGGCCUCCCGUGGCACGGUCAUUGACACGUUGCACGCCCGCUACUUGGCAACCAACAGCAGCCAGACAAGGCGCACGAGUACCAUGUCAUCUUCAUCUACCAUCCACGCCAUUGGCUCAAACAGCAUGCACCCCCGCGCACGCGCCUUUGGCAACCUGGCCGGAAGCAUUGGUGGGGGUGGGGGCACGAGCGACAAGCGGGACUCAAUGUCGUCAACCGUGGCCACCAUGUUUGAGAUCCUGCUGGAGAACAUGCGCACCGUCAUGUUAGAUCCCACGGUUCCUAUUGGCAUUCCUUUUUGCGUGGAGUGCGGUCGUCACGCCAAGCAGCGACUCCUGGCGUUUGGCAACUCUGAGCGGCUCAAGUUUUGCAGCGAGCGAUGCAAGAUGCGCGCACUGAAUGGGCCUCACCGACGGUCGCUGAUGGCCGCCCUUGACCACUCGGAUCCUCUGCGAUGGAAGCUCUCGGAUCUGGCUGACGAAACACCUUUGGUGUGGCAGAGCAUUGGGAUGCCCAAGCUGGCUCAGCGCCCAAGCGUGGCAGCAGCAGAGCCCGCCAAGGCCAAGCGGCACAACGGGCGAGAAUCCAUUGGAAUGUCUGCGCUGGCCAAUGCCAGUCAGGUGAGCGCAGCUGCGCCCAAGGCCAAGUGGCAAACAACGCCUUCGAAGCGCCAGUAUGCGCGUUCGGUUAGCAAUCCCGUGCAGGGCAUGUUUUCGCAAACGGGCACGCGACUUGUCUCGCCCAAUGCCAGCCUUUUGGCCGCCGUACCGCGGCCCACGAGCAGUCCUUCUGCUUCGGGCCGGCAUCUUGUGGGCACGCGGCCUUUUUCCCCCAGCGGGUCGAUGCGUGCUCACCGUUUGCGCAGUGGCAAGGAAGGACAUUCGCUCAGCUCUUCGCUCAAGGAUCUGCGCAUUUUGGCGGAUGCCGAGAAGCUUGAAAACACCCGCCAGGAGCUUGAGCGCGAGGUGCUCAAGCGUCAAGGCAAAGCCGCUGCCCACCCGCUCGUCAAGGGCAUCGGCAAGAUAACCCGGAGUCUUGAGUUGGACUGGCAAGCGGCGCCUUUUGCCACAAUGAGCUUCACCAACUAUACAGAUGUUGUGCGCGAGCACGAUGAAGUCGUCUUCUUUGGGGGACGUGAUCUCAUGUUUGCAGCCACAAUUGUGGAUGGCGAGAUGAUCCGCAACCAAAAGGGCGAGUUCAAGUGCGCUGAUGUCAUUGGUUUGCCCUAUGGCGGCAAGGUGAAAGCUCGGCACGGCUCGGGCUUCAUGUACGUGCUCCGCCCGACACCAGAGCUCUGGUCUCUCGUUCUGAGCCACCGCACGCAGAUCAUCUAUGCAGCAGAUAUCGCCAUGAUCUGCUACCAGCUGGACCUGUGCGCCGGUUCAAGAGUUUUGGAAACAGGCACGGGCAGUGGAUCGCUGACGCAUGCGCUGGCCCGCGCGGUGGGUCCCCAGGGCCGCGUUUUCUCCUUUGACUUUCACCAGCAGCGUGUUGAGAUUGCGCGCGAUGAGUUUGCGCGACAUGGCCUGACCAACGUUCAGGUGGCCCACGCUGAUGCAACCAUGCCGGAUGCUUGGGGACUGCACGAAGAAGUCGAUGCCGUGUUCUUUGACCUGCCCAAGCCUCAUCUAGCCCUUGACAAUGCCGUUGCUGCGUUUCGGGUGG